AUGCCGCUGCCGAAGCGGUGCGUGGAGCCGGUACACGUGUCACGUGGCACUGUGCCGGAGCGACUGGCCGUGCCGUCGGAGCUCGAAGCCGUCACUAAUGGCACCCUUGCAAAUACUGUCAGGCAGUUAUCCUCAUUGUCGAAACAUGCGGAGGAUAUGUUUGGUGAGCUCACGCGAGAAGCGACCGGCCUCGCUGAACGAACAAACAUUUUGCAGGCGAGGAUAGACAGGCUUGCGGUUAAGGUUACCCAAUUGGAUUCUGGGGUGGAGGAAGUGUCUCUCCAAGAUAUACAAAUGCGAAAAGCCUUCCGCUCGACGCGUACUUUCCAACAGCAAUUGUUUGCGCGUACCUCAAUGCCGUCCGCCAUGUUGGCGACGUACGCGCGUUGUGAUCGCCCUCCGCCCCUGGAACGGCUCAACGAGUUUCGCGAUGAUGGAAGGGAUGCGAGGAAGUUCUACACUGACCCGGAUUACUUCUUUGAGCUUUGGAGACGGGAGAUGCUGCAAGAUACGGAAAGAAUUCAGCAUGAUAGGGGGAAGAAGGUGCGUCAGCCCCGUGCCAACAACACAGAAGGGCGUGGCACUCGGCGGGUGAGAGUCCCGCAUUCGACUCGCGACAGGCAAAAGGCGGAAGUCGUUAAUCGCGGUGAACACAUAAUGGCGCCUACGCAACUGCGACGGUACAAUAUUGAACCGCAGUAUCGGCCCGAGGCUUUGUACCAAGCUACAACAGUGACGGACGGUGGUUAUCGCACGCCGCAGACUCGUGCCCCAAGUGUACAACCAGCUCGGCCUAAUUCCAUUGAAAUAGAAAACCAGCAGAAUAGGCCUCCGCGUCUUACUGGAAAUGGACAUGUGGUGAACGAUGAGAGUCCAUAUGGCCCAGUGGAGUCAAUCUACGGAGGAAGUAUUGCUGGUACGCCACGACGAGCGCGGCCUUCCAUACCACCACCGGCACCACCUGCGCCUACCCAUAACGAAGUUAAUACACCCACUAGAUCGAGUCUGCCGCCACCCCCACCACCACCUGAGAGCGUUUCUCCUCCGCCGGUCAACGGCACCUCACCACCUCAUCGCACGGCCCUUGACGCGCAUCUUGACCAUAUGCACGCGGUCAUUGGCAUGAUGUCAUCCGAAGAGAGUCCGAUAGCAGCGCCUACCCCUCCACCAGCUCCACUGGCUCCACCCGCCCCGCCGCCGCCUGAAGACCGGCCACGCCCUCCGUCACCAGCCACUCUGCUGCGAGGAGCCUCCGCCCUGAAGCCUCCCACGCUGGACAACCAUCCUGCGCCCGAUCCACGCUCCGAUCUUCUCAAAGCGAUACGGGAAGGUAUAAAACUCCGCAAGGUUGACAAGCGUUGCGAGGAGAACGUGGGCAAAUACGAUACACUUCGGGGCGCACCCGCUUUACACGACGUGGCGUCUAUUCUGGCUCGUCGAGUCGCCGUCGAACAGAGCGAUUCCGAUGAAGAAGACGAUUCCGACCUAGACGACGACGAGUGGGCCGACUGUCGCGCGUGA